GUAACUCAUCUCAAUGAAUGAACGAAAACGAAACUAGAGCUUUUGAAGGUUAAACAUUCACAACAUGACCGUUAGAGUUAUCUCCCUCUACAGUGUUAACACAACAAAACUCGAUUAAAUGAUGUUUUCGGCACUGAAUUUUACCGGACUUCUUAGAGAAGUCCGUUAUGUUUAUGGACUUUCCAGAUGUAAAAUUUACCAAAAAUUAAAUAUAAGAUUAUCGUCAACGUUAUCUUUCACUCAUAUUCUGAGAGUAAUGACACCACAUCGAAGAUCCUAUUUAAUUCUUCAUGGCGUUUGGUUCUAAAACAAAUUGGAAUAGUUUAUCAAAGAUUCUCAGUAGAAAUGUACGAAGAGUCAUAGCUGUAGAUGCUCGGAACCAUGGCAGCAGCUUCCACAAGGCCAGCAUGACAUAUGAAGAAAUGAGCGAUGAUUUAGUACAAUUGAUGUCCUCUUUGAAAAUUCCAGAAGCAAUUAUCAUUGGCCACAGCAUGGGUGGAAAGACUGCGAUGGUCGCGGCUCUACAACAUCCUGAAAUCAUAAGCAGUUUGAUAGUUGUCGAUGUCGCUCCGUCUGUGAGUCCGUCAGUCGAUGUGUUUCCAUACUACGCUUCGGCAAUGAAAAGCGUCUCGAUAGACCCGGCUAUGAAUAUUGUCCAAGCUCGUAAAAGCGUGAGCGAACAGUUACAACCUGUCCUAAAAGACACAACAUUACGUCAGUUCAUUCUUACAAAUCUGGUUGAGAAAGAAGGAACGGUACAGUGGCGCCUAAAUCUCGAUGCCAUUAUUACAGAUUUCAAAGAGAUCAUGGCUUUUCCAGAGUGUGGCAAUAGUUAUCAGGGACCAACUCUGUUUUUAGGUGGACAAAACUCUAAUUAUAUUGGGAAACCUGAAGAGCCAGAGAUCCAAAGAUUAUUCCCAAAUGCCAAGAUACAACAUGUUCCAAAUGCUGGACAUUGGCUACACUCUGAAAAACCAAAAGAAUUUUUAGCUGCAGUUAAUUCCUUUUUAGAAACUUUACAAAAUUAGAUAAUUACAAGAAAUAGUUAUUUUCUUUUUUUAAUUAAAAAACCAGAAACAUUUUAUUGUGUUAUUACACCUUAUAAGAUAUCUAAAGAAAGAAGAAUUUUUGAUAUUUGAUACAAUUCCCAAGAAUUUAAGAAAUCUCAAA